AUGAAAGCAUCCAAAAUUUCAAAACAUUCUCGUCAUGUUCGUAUUAUACGUGUUAGUAGACCCGAAGUACGUCCACUUCCAUUAGAUGAACGUGUUGAUACUCGAAUUCUAUCAUCAGUUGAUAGUUGGUUGAGCAGUAUACCUAGUAUAAAAGAACAAAAAAUUAAAGAAACAUCAAAAAAAGUUGUUAAACAACCAUCAGCUUCUAAAAAUAACCAAUCAUCAACUAUUAAAAAUAAAGAACCUCAAGAAGAUUUAUUGCCUCGAAAAUGGAUAAUAAUUGGUGUAGCUAUUUUGGGAGUUCUAAUAGCAGGUUCAAUUUUCGGUAUUGUUUUAGGAGUUAUACUUCGCUAG